AUGCCUCUCAUUCUCGACUCAUCCUCCGAUUCUUCCAUCCACUCCCAAGCAGAGCGGGAAAAGAGCAGGAGAAUACAUCACGAUGCCGACGUUGUUGUCGUCGGCGCAGGGGUUCUGGGUGCUGCAUUGGCGGUGGCGUUGGCAAAUCAAGGGCGCAGUGUGAUAUUGCUGGAGAGAUCUCUCAAGGAACCCGACCGGAUAGUGGGAGAACUCUUGCAACCAGGAGGCUACGACGCAUUGAUCCAAUUGGGCCUACAACAUACCCUCGAGGGCAUCGACGCUAUCCCCGUCACGGGCUACACCGUGCUCUACUAUGAUGAGUCGGUGGCCAUCCCUUAUCCCACCACUGCGACGGAAACCAUCCGUCCGGGUUCAAAAACAUCAGGGAAGCCCAAUAAACCAGAAGGGCGAUCUUUCCAUCACGGUCGAUUUGUCUCCCGACUACGAGCUACGGCACUGGCGCAUCCUAACAUUUCGGUCUUCGAGACCGAGGCCACCUCGUUGAUCACAUGCUCAUAUACCAACCAGAUCCUGGGUGUCGAAUCUCUGACUGGCAAGAUCCAGAAGGACUAUUUCUUUGGCUCGUUAACCGUAGUCUGUGAUGGGUACGCCUCAAAAUUUCGGAAGUCCUAUAUCCAUCAUACUCCUCAGGUCAAGUCGAAAUUCUGGGGCAUGGAAUUGCUGGAUUGUCCAUUGCCGACACCUCAACACGGUGUUGUGGUCCUAGGGAAAAAUUCACCCGUCCUGCUCUAUCAGAUUGGAACUCACGAGACUCGCGUCUUGGUAGAUGUACCGGAAGGGUUGCCCUCCACAUCGACAGCCAACGGCGGCAUCAAGGGUCAUCUCCAAAAAGUUGUCCUGCCUUCUCUGCCUCCUGCAGUGCAGCCUUCUUUCCAGAUGGCAUUGGAGAAGGGUGUGCUUCGCAGCAUGCCUAACUCUUUCCUGCCUCCGACCAUGAACAGGACUCGCGGUCUCGCAAUUCUCGGAGACGCCUUGAACAUGCGCCAUCCCCUGACAGGUGGCGGAAUGUCCGUCGCGCUCAACGACGUGGUUUUGAUAUCUGAACUCCUUUCCCCUGAGAACGUGGCGGACCUAGCCAACACAGACCUUGUCCUCAAGCAGUUCAGAUUAUUCCACUGGCGCCGGAAAGCCCUGACCGCCAUAGUCAACAUUCUCGCACAGGCCCUGUAUUCCCUAUUCGCUGCGAACGAUUGGCAGCUGAAGUAUCUCCAGAAAGGCUGUUUCCGGUAUUUCCAACUUGGUGGAAGAUGCAUCGAUGAACCGGUGGGCCUGCUAGGCGCCCUCAUUCGACGGCCAUUUGUGCUGCUUUAUCAUUUCUUCAGCGUGGCGUUGUGGAGCAUUUGGAUCCUAAUACAAGAGAAUGGUCUCCUCCUGUUCCCUCUCAGUCUCGUUCAAGGGUUGCUGAUCUUGUGGAAGGCGUGUGUGGUCAUAUUCCCAUAUAUAUUUGCAGAAUUGAGGAGUUGA